UCAUUUCGAAGUUUCGCGCCAAACUAGGGAAGCAAAGUGUAAACAGUCCCACACAGCAGAAGUUAGCUAGCUCGCUAAUUACUUGGCGGAUACCUACAGUGAGUUUUUAAUGGAGACACAGUCGUACCUUCCCGUGCCUCCUGGGGUGGGGAUGGAAGAGAAUUUCUUCUCUCUUGACGACAUUUUGCUUUCUCACGAGAGGCUACCUAGUCGGACAGAAUGCACAUUUCCCCGACUUGGAUUCCUGGAGAAAUCGAGUGACUCGCGAGACAUUCAAGAGGGUACAAAGAUGGAGAUGCCCCUGUUCCUGGCAAAGGGCUUGUAUGAGAGGAAGAGGCGUGUUGUCUCAGUGGAGCUGCCUAAGGUGUACAAAGAGGGCUGGAGGACUGUGUUCAACGCAGACCCCACUGUAGUAGACCUUCACAAGAUGGGGCCCUAUUACUAUGGCCUCGGCUCCCAGAUGCUGCACUUUGACAGCCCUGAGAAUCCAGAGAUUGCCCAGGCGGUGCUUCAGACAUUCAUUGGUCGUUUCCGCCGGACCAUGGAUUCCUCCCAGAAUGCCUACAACGAAGACACGUCAGCCCUGGUGGAGCGCUUGGAUUACCUGGAGAGGGCGCUGUUCAGGGCGGGGCAGAGCGGCCUCAACAGCUUCCAGAACUGGGAGAGGGGCCGCGCAUCAACAAUCACUGCCUCUAGCCUGGUGCUCAACUACCGCAAGAGGAAGAUCACUGAUCUGCAGCCCUGAGGGGCAUCCCCAAAGAUGCAUCCCAAAUGCCACCAUAUUCCCUACAUAGUGCACUACUUGGGCCCUGGUCAAAAGUAGUGCACUAUAAAUGGACUAAGGCGCCAUUUGGAACACAACACAGGCCAGAAGAGAAAGGACUGAGUUGGAAGGAGAGUACUGGAGUUGUGUGUGUUAGAAAAUAAAGCUAAGUUUCAAGUGGGAAUCAGUUUGUUGUUUUGGUUCUGUGUUUCUAUGUUAUAGUGUAAUCUUUUGUGUUCAAUUUUGAGAUCUUUACACACUCUGUACACGUUUUUCAAAGACUUUGUAAAUCUUUUUUGAAUGAUCUGCUUUAUCUAAUCUAAGUUUGAAUUUUCUUAAUUAAACCUACCUUAGACUUUAAAUUGGAUGUCAUCCCUUUUUCUUAUGGGAAGUAUGAAUGGUGGGGUAAAACAGGAAAGGUUUUUUGAGAGCAGAGUUACAGUAUUUUGCAAAAGCAUGUGGCCAUGCAUUUCAUCAGCGAUAAGGCAAAACAACUUUAAAAUGGUUUUGUAUGGAUUAACAGGAAUGUAUUACCAUAUUAUGUACACUACCAGUAAA